AUGACCACACCCUCACACUCGAACCUUUCCCAGCUGCUGCCAAUGCUCCUCUUCCUCCUCCUUGCAGCAGCAGCUGGGUCUGACUUGAUCAUGUUCCAGGCUGCCGCUGCUGCUGAGAUUGCUCUUCCGGGUUGCCCGGAUAAGUGCGGCGACGUGAGCAUCCCCUACCCCUUCGGCAUGGGGAAGGCCGGUUGUUUCCUCCCAGGCUUCGAGGUCACCUGCAAUGCCUCCUUCCAGCCGCCUCGCGUCUUCCUCGCCUACACACCAGGAGAUGGAAACGCAACACUCCAGAUUAAGCAGAGCGUAGCCUACUCGGGCGCGGACAACAGCGCAUCUGAGUUGUCGACCGAGCAGGCGCCGUUGGAGCUGAUGGAUGUAUCAGUCGGGAAGGCCGAGGCACGAGUGUACUCCGCAGUCAUGUCAUACUGCCGCACCAGUACUUUGGACCGCCUCCUGAAAAUAACCGGAGUACAGUUGGAUAAUAAGGGGCCAUUCCUCCUAUCGGUGACGCGCAACGUACUUGUUGGCGUGGGAGCAUGGCGAAGCGAAGUUGCUUUAGUUACCGAGUUGUCCAUCGCAAGUAACACUUCCGAAAACUUCAUUCUCUACUGCCUUUCAGAUAUCAAUGGCAUCCUGCGGUAUGCCUCCAAUGGAUCGUGCACUGGGCGCGGCUGCUGCCAGGCCGCCAUGCCCCCGGACACGGUCCCACUAACCGUGUUCUUGCUGGGGGUGCAGCGUCAAGUCGACCCCGAGCCCGAGUACCUGGGGGGCAUCAGCCCGUGCUCGUAUGGCAUGUUGGUGGAGACUUCAUGGUACAACUUCUCUACGACCGACUUGUCUGGCUAUGAGGGCAUGUCCAACAAAUUCUCCAGGGGCGUCCCCCUGGUGAUCGACUUCGCCAUCAGGACAGGUACGUGUCCGGCAGCAGGCCAGCAGCCAGCCAAAGGCUAUGCGUGCCUUAGCAGAAACAGCUACUGCGCCAACGCCACCAGCGGAAAAGGUUACAUUUGCAAGUGUGACGAGCAUUACGAUGGCAACCCAUAUGUCCCCAACGGAUGCCAAGACAUCGAUGAGUGCAAGCUUCAUGAGAAGUACAACUGCUCGAAUGGUGGAACCUGCAAGAACAGGCUUAACGGCUAUGACUGUCCAUGCGGACCCGGAAUGACCACCAAAGGAGGAAAAUGCACGGAGAUAUUUCCCACAGUAGCAAAGGCAGUUGUGGGUGCGGUAGGUGGUCUCCUUGUUCUGGCCCUUCUAUCAUUCAUUAUCAUUCUUCGCAAAGAGCGUCGAAAGACAAAAGAAUUCUACCGUAAGAAUGGUGGCCCAACAUUAGAGAAGGCUAAAAUGAUAAAGAUUUACAAAAAAGAGGAUCUCAAGCAUAUUUUGAUGAGUAGCAAUGUAAUUGGAAAAGGUGGUUUUGGUGAAGUUUUCAAGGGAUUUGUUGAUAAAGUAGAAGUUGCAGUAAAGAAACCAAUAACCGGUAAUUUGCUAGAGAGCGAGCAGUUUGCAAAUGAAGUCAUCAUCCAGUCUCAAGUUAUCCAUAGGAACAUUGUUAGGCUCUUAGGUUGUUGCCUAGAAGUGGACACCCCCAUGCUAGUGUACGAGUUCAUCUCCAAAGGUAGCAUGGACGAUAUUCUUCAUGGGGAGGGCAACAAGGAGCCUCUUAACUUGGACGUGCGUCUAAGGAUUGCUGCAGAAUCAGCACAUGGUCUAGCUUAUAUGCAUUCACAAGCACAUAUAAAAAUUUUGCAUGGUGAUGUGAAGCCGGCAAACAUACUCUUGGAUGAGAACUUCGCGCCGAAGAUCUCAGACUUCGGCAUAUCAAGAUUGAUUGCGAGAGACAAGGAACAUGCUGCAACAGUUAUCGGUGACAGGACCUAUAUGGAUCCAGUGUACUUACAAACAGGUCUGUUGACUGAAAAGAGUGAUGUAUACAGUUUUGGGGUUCUCAUCCUAGAGCUUAUUAGCAGGAAGAAGGCCACUUAUUCUGACAACAACAGCUUGGUCAGCAAUUUCCUGGAUGCUCACAAAAAGGGUGAGAAAGCCACUGAGCUAUUUGACAAGGACAUUGCUGCUACAGAAAAUUUGGAAGUUCUUGAUAAUCUCACAGAGAUUGCUGUGGAAUGUCUUAACCUUGAUGUUGAUCAAAGGCCGUCAAUGACAGAAGUGGCAGAGCGCCUUCUCAUUCUGAACCGAUCUCGUAAGUUGUAA